AUGGUAUUUGGAUCAUUUCCUGAUGGUCAUAAUUUUGACAAAGAAGAAUUUAGUACCAUACCAGAAAAUACAGUUCUUACUGUCAAUAUUCGUACUGGUCAAAUCAUAAAUCAAUGGGGAAAUAAUACUUGUGGUAUUGAUAAUGUCGAAACAAAUCGAAAUGAUCAUGGUAAAGUUAAUGCUAUUAUUGGUCAUCCUUUAAUGAAAACUGCUUAUGCUAUUAAUUAUCAUCCAAAUAAACCCGAUCGUUUUUAUGCAGUUAGUGGAAGAAAUGAUCAAAAUUGA